CAGCCCCCCCAGACAGCUUCUCACCAUCACCGAGCCAUGUGCGAGGCAGCAUCUUCCCCUCAGUUGUGCAGGCUUAUGCGGCCAGACGAUGCCAAUAUCGCGGGAAACGUCCACGGCGGGAACAUCUUCAAGAUGAUCGAGGAGGCCGGAUGCAUCGUUGCCACGCGGCACUGCAACAACCAGAACGGGGAACGCUGUUUGGCGGCGCUGGUCCGGGUGGAGAAGACAGAUUUUCUGGCCCCCGUGUUCGUUGGCGAAGUCGCCAGCGUCACCGCUGACAUCUCUUACACCUCCAAGCACUCGAUAGAGGUCCAGGUCAAGGUCAUGGCUGAGAACAUCCUCACAGGUGCCAAGAAGUUGGCCAGCAAGGCAGCGGUGUGGUUUGUCCCCAUGUCUCUGCAGGAUGUCGGCAAGAUCGCGGAGGUGCCGCCCAUCAAGUAUGCUAGCGCUGAGCAAGAGGAGGAGGGCAGGAAGCGUUACGACGCUCAGAAGAUGGAGAGACUGGAGACGAAAGCAAAGAUUGAAGAGAUAGUGCCACCUCCAGCCAACCCAGAACAGCACACAGUUGGCUUCAGCCAGCACAGUUUGAUCCAUUUGGUGGGCCCCUCCGACUGCACACUAAAAGACUACGUAAAUGGAGGUGUGACCAUGAAGCUGAUGGAUGAAGCCGCCGGCCUCACGGCGUUUCGGCACUGCAGAACCAACGUCGUCACUGCCUCCGUGGAUGUCAUCAACUUCCAUCGCAAGAUCAAGAAAGGUUGUGUGGUGACGGUGACGGGGCGGCUCACAUUUGUCAGUAACAAGUCCAUGGAAAUUGAAGUGCUGGUAGAUGCUUCCUCACUGAUGGAGGCAGAGAAAUAUCGUGCCGCCUCAGCUUUCUUCACCUUCAUCUCGCUGGACAAGGACAAUAAGCCUCUGCCUGUCCCUCCCCUUAAGGUUGAAGGAGAGGAGGAGCAGAGACGUUUCGAGGAGGGCAAAGCUCGUUACCUCCAGAAUAAAGCAAAGAGACUCGCAGAUAAGGAGCGCAAGCAGUGACGCUGCUGCUCACCAGAAUUAAACGCCUCCAACAACAGAAUAUUAACCCCACACAACAUAUACAAUAUGAAGGAAAGUUAAAACCCUCUAUCCUGCUCUGUGAUUGUAGCCUCCUGUCGAACCUGAACCUGUGAUGAUUUUUCUUUUCUCUGUGCUGCACACCAAAGUGUCCACAUAUAGCUGUAUAAGUAUGUAAAAGUAAGAGUACAUAUUUUAUUUUGAGGAGAUUUCUAUGAAGACUAUCUAUGAUGACUGUCAGCGCAAAGUGACAGUCUGACUGCGUGUGCAAGUAGAAGUACUAUUUUGGUUGCAGAACCUCUGCAAGUACGAAGACUUAAUGAUCGUGUCAGUGCAAAGUGAUAGUCUGAGCGCAGGGAAAAUGAUGAAUAAGUGAGUGAAUAAUAAUGAAUAAAAGAUUCAAGCGUGA